GAAUCGUCUGGUAGCCAACAAACAGUUCGUUGUGGAAGUUGCGGCGUUGUGGAUGUGCGACCAGUAACGAAGAGGCACCUCGACGCGGCUCGGCCAUUUAUUAGCUAUUCGUUGGUGCUCGUUGUCGCAUAAAAUUGGCGUACGCGCGCGACACGGCAGUCAAGUGCUCGAAAGAUACGGACAGGAAGAAAGAGUGACGACUUGUUUCUUCAGUUUAAACAAACAAUUAGUCGAAUACGUGAAUGAGUGUGGGUCCUAAGUGGGGAAAGUGCUGCUGAGCGAAAAAAAAUCAGCAUAUUUAAAAUAGAAAUUUUGUGUGACAUUUUUUUGCCGCUUAAAGUAUUUAAAGAAGGCAGUGCUGCAUUACACUCAAAAUCAGAAAAAGCUCGAAAAAUUGAUGAAAAACAUUAAAAAGUGAUAUAAAUCUAAUAAAGUGCACAUACACACGAGUAUUUGUAUAUAUUCUUAAAAUUAUAUAUUUAUACAAAUUAUACUCUGGCAACAAGUUAUUAAUUAAUUAAUAAGUUAUUAAUACAAAAAGUGUUGGAGGCAACAUAGAGUCAGAUUUCGACGAUCCGAUCUCUUCUGACAUCUCAACAUUUUAUCAAAAGACUCCACACGCAGACCCAGAAGUGUUCGCUGGUCAACAUUCAAAUCAAAAGUCAUAAUCAAAUCAUAUCAGAAACAAACAAUCGUAGCCUAGACUAAAACGUCAAAAAAUCAAAUUACGGCCGUAAUUGAACUAGAAAAUGUCGACUUCUGUACAAAAUUUUAACAAAUCGCCAAACGUCAUUGACUCCACAGCGGUAAUGUCGGCCACCGCCGUCGCUGCCAGUUCCGCCAUUCAACAACUCUCGUCGAUAUCGCUAAUGCUCGAGUACGACAUUGACAACACACUGAACACCAUCAAAGAGAAUGGUGUACAUCUCAUACAACAACAAGAACGACAAGCGCCACAACAAGCACACCAUCCGCCGAAGCAUGUGAGCCAGCCAUCGACCCUUACAAAUGAAGCUUUAAAAGAUAUUAAACCUGUGCUGCCACCAACACCACCAGCCACGCCCAACUUGGCGAAUACAGCGCGCAAACGCUGGAAGAUUUUAGCGAAAGUAUUGCGCAAAGAUUCCGAGGAGACAGUCUCGUCGUCGGGGGAGGAGUUCGGUGAGGAGCAAACGGCCUCGGUGCGUCGCUUCAAGUCAUUCGACUUGUUGCGCCAGGACAGCUUCGAAGAUCAUAUGACACUGAACUGCCUGGGCAAACCGGAGAACUGGUACAAAUACAGUGUGUUGCUCGAUGGGGAGGGUCAGCAGGAGUUCACCGUUAACAUACAUCACGUGGAGCGUCAGCUAACAGCCAGUGACCUAAUGGGCUUCAAUAACACCGGCAACAUUUGUGUGUGGCCCUCAGAGGAGGCAUUAACCGCUUACGUUCUAUCCGACGUCGCUGCGUAUAGUGAUAAAUGGAUAUUGGAAUUGGGUGGCGGAUUCACAUGCUUAGCUGGGCUUAUGCUCUCCAAGUACGCUAAGCCUUAUGCGGUGCAUCUCACCGAUGGCAACGAUGUGUCGGUGGAGAAUGUAAAGAAGACAGUAUGCUUGAAUGAGCUCGCCUGCUACACAAAGUGCUCAGUGCUCAAGUGGGAGGAUGUGAGUGCGCGUGCUACGGCGGAGGCUGGGAAAUUCGAUGUCAUCCUCUCCGCCGAUUGCCUGUUCUUCGAUGAAGCGCGCUCGUCGCUGGUGGAGACGAUUUGGUAUUAUAUGGCACCCAGAGGUGAGGCGAUAAUAAUGGCGCCAAGACGUGGAAAAACCAUGGCGAUGUUUGUUAGUGAGUGCACGCGAAGAGGCUUCGCAGUAGAGAUAACACAGCGCUAUAAUGAGACCAUAUGGAAGCGGCACGAGGAAUUGAUGAUGACGUCCGGUUUGUACGACGAGGACUUACACUACCCUGUUCUGUUGCGUCUGCGUAAGCCCUUCAUAGGAUAGAAAAAACAAGAAGAAUGCUCUGCGAAAUAUGCAAGUCUUAGGCUUUAUUCUUACCAAAACACGUGCAAUUGUAAACAAAAACAAAAAGAAAAACUAACAAAAUAGUUCAUAGUCAUAUUGUAAGGAACCGAUUUUGUAUUAUUCCAAUAAUUCCAAGCACUAAUGACGAAAUUAUAAAUAUGAGAUUUGUAUUACGAAAAAUAGUAUGUAAAUUUUUGUCGCGUAUUUAUGCGCGCAAACAAAAUGGUAAAUGCUUUAAAAAAUAUAGUACACAGGUUUUUAUAGCUUUCCCAACUACACCAUAGACAGAACAGCGGUUGAAUGGCGGUGCCUCGAAAUCGGUUUUAAGGGAGUAAGAGAUCUUUCUUGACUGGAAAUUGAUUAAAAGUGGAAGUGAAUAAACAGUGUUGCCAUAUUAUUAAUUAAACUCAUAUCUCACCGACUUUUUCCAACUAAAAUAAGCUUGUUACUGUGAAGAACGAAUUUUUAAGUAAUAUUUUUAUAUUUUUAAAUAUUAUCACAUUACAUACAAUAUAUUUUGUACAAAUAUUGUUAAACAUGCUUAUUUUGUAUCUUAACCCUAUUCCGAACUCUUGUUUUUUUAAAUGUCCGAUUACAACUUGUGGACAUAUUGUCUCUCCCAUAAAAGGAUUAAAUGAAUCACUAAAUGAUAAAAUGAUGUGUCCCUAUAAAAUUUCCUAAGUCCUAGUAUAAAUUAAAAGUAUUAUUUUAGAGUUACCAUGUAGAAAAAAGUAAUUUUAUUAAAUCCUUACAUUACGUUAAACUGUACUUUUUAACUUUAAAAACUAAAUUUAUUAUAGAAAAGUUAAGUUUUUUUAUAAUAUCUAUCAUUUAAUUAGGAAAUAAGCAAUAAUUUACUAAAUUAAUACUCAUAUGUGGUUAUAGAUUAUUUCAGAGUUUUCUGGUAUUAUUUGUUAUAUUUUCUUUGAACUGAAAUAUAUGCGAAAGUUUCAAACUUAUUUUGACAGUGAAAUUUCUCCAUAUUUUUGAAGUAUAUGUUUUUGCUUUAAUUUUAAACUUCUUUGCCUUUUCAGUUGCCAACCUAAUUUAUUUACUUGGCGAGUAGUGAAUUCCUGCAUAAUCGUACAUGCAAAUAUAUUUAAAGUGAAACAGUAUCCUCAAAAACCUGGCCCACAAACGUGAAAUGUACGUGAACCCGCUCGUUCGUAACCCUCAACCAUAGUAUAAAUAUUGUAUAAUAAUAUAUACCUAUAUAUACAAAUUUAAGUAAACACACACACACAUAUAUAUAAAACAGACAAUUGAAAAAGAAAUUAGAAGUAAGUAAAAAAAAAUAAUGGAGAGAUUAGUAUUUCUGUAGUGAAGCGGGUUAAAGUAAAGUCUGUAAAAGUACUUAUGCUGAUUAAUUAAUUACCAUGUUCAUAUAUACUGUUACGUAAAAAAGGUGGGCUAUUUAGCUAUAAAUAUUCGAUGGACUGUGGAAAUCUAAAUAUUGUUUAAAUUUAAUAUUAAACGAGACCUCUCUUUAAUAAAAAUAUAUGAAUCUGUAAAA